GGGGUGUCUUUUUUCCCUCCCUUGCCCUGAGUAAAGAUGGCGGAGCGUGUGAAGGUUUGGAAGGAAGGCGGAAGUGAAGGCUGAGGGAGAGAAGGGCAGGGAAAGGGGCCAGGCCCAGCGAGCUUUGAGGCGCCGUUGCCAGAGUACUGUACACAGAACUCUCUACUGUUUGAGAUUGCCCCUCCGAUAUUGCUGAACUGCAACUCCCAUCAUCCCAGAACGCAGAUUCCUUAUGUUGCAUACAAUGAAGAAUACAAGCAAACAAGGGACUGACACCCAGUGCUUUUCUAGGUCAGUAGACCCAGGAGGAGUGAGCCUGUUAUUACCAGAUGUUAUUUAGUACUGAUGUUUGCUUUUGGUUUCUUUCCUGCAUGGAGAAGCUGCAUAAUGGCAGACAUCAAUCCCUCUCCAUUAAAACACUUUGUGCUGGCCAAGAAGAAGAUUACAGCCAUUUUUGAGGAGCUGCUGGAUUAUGUUACUGAAGGAACACAUUUUGUUGAAGAAACAUACAAAAAUCCAGAACUUGAACAUAUAGCCACUAAGGAUGAACUGGGAGAAAUACAGGCAUAUAAAAACAAGUUGGCGAUCAUUGGUGAGGUUCUUGCACGACGACACAUGAAAGUAGCUUUCUUUGGCAGGACCAGCAGUGGAAAAAGUUCGGUUAUCAAUGCAAUGUUGUGGGACAAAGUGCUCCCAAGUGGUAUUGGGCAUACAACCAAUUGUUUUCUCAGUGUAGAAGGAACGGAUGGUGAUAAGGCUUACCUCAUGACUGAAGGCUCAGAUGAAAAGAAGAGUGUCAAGACUGUUAAUCAGCUUGCCCAUGCCCUGCAUAUGGAUAAAGACUUGGAGGCUGGUUGUUUGGUGCAUGUGUUUUGGCCGAAGGCCAAGUGUGCCCUCCUGAGAGAUGACUUAGUGUUAGUGGACAGCCCUGGUACUGAUGUCACCACAGAGUUGGACAGCUGGAUUGAUAAAUUUUGUCUAGAUGCUGAUGUCUUUGUCUUAGUUGCUAAUUCAGAGUCAACUCUCAUGAAUACAGAAAAACAGUUUUUUCACAAAGUAAAUGAGAAACUUUCUAAACCAAACAUCUUCAUCCUUAAUAACCGUUGGGAUGCUUCUGCAGCAGAGCCUGAAUACAUGGAGGAUGUACGCAAGCAACACAUGGAGCGCUGUCUGACAUUCUUAGUAAAUGAACUCAAAGUUGUGGAUGCUUCUGAGGCCCGGAACAGAAUCUUCUUUGUUUCAGCCAAGGAAGUUCUUAGUGCUAGAAAGCACAAAGCCCAGGGCAUGCCUGAGUCAGGUGCUGCACUUGCUGAAGGAUUUCAGACACGUUUCCAAGAGUUUCAACAUUUUGAGAAGAUAUUUGAGGAGUGUAUCUCGCAGUCAGCAGUGAAAACCAAGUUUGAGCAGCACACUAUCAGAGCUAAACAGAUCCUAGAUACUGUGAAAAAUAUUAUGGACAGCAUAAACGUGGCAGCAGCCAACCAAAGAGUUCAUUCAAUGGAAGAGCGAGAGGAUCAGAAGGACAGACUGGAAUUUGUACGAAACCAGCUCAACCUGUUAACAGAGGAUAUAAAGAAUAAAAUCAAAGAGGUUACAGAGGAAGUUGCAAACAAGGUGUCUUCUGCCAUGACUGAGGAAAUUUGUCGACUUUCUGUUUUGGUAAACGAAUUUAACUCUGAUUUUCACCCAUCCCCACAAGUCUUGAAACUAUAUAAAAGUGAACUCAACAAGCACCUAGAAGAGGGCUUGGGGAGGAACCUGGCUGACCGUUGCUCCAGUGAAGUCAACAAGUCUAUGCUUCAGUCACAACAGGAAAUGAUUGAAAACCUGCAGCCCCUGUUGCCUCCAUCUGUCCAGAAUAAGCUCCACGUUCUAGUUCCAUGCAGGAAAUUUGAUCUCAGCUACGAUUUGAACUGCCACAGCCUUUGUUCAGAUUUCCAAGAAGAUAUCACAUUCCGAUUUUCUCUGGGCUGGGCUGCCCUUGUCAGUCGUUUUUUGGGGCCAAAAAACACCCAAAGAGUCCUUUUAGCCAUGGCAGAGCCAGCAUUGACAAUUCCUAGAUCUCUUGCCUCCACCCCUUGUGCCCCCAGUGCUCCAGCUCUGACAGCAGAGAAUGCAUCACAGGAGGAGCUCAUGGUCUCUCUGGUUACUAAUCUGGCGUCUCUGACAUCCCGGACCUCCAUGACAGUCAUCAUUGUUGGAGGACUGAUUUGGAGAACUGUUGGCUGGAAAGUCAUCUCCCUUUCUUUGAGUAUGUACGGACUGCUGUAUCUCUAUGAGAGACUCACUUGGACAACCAAAGCCAAAGAACGAGCCUUCAAGCAGCAGUUUGUAAACUAUGCCACAGAAAAACUGCAGUUGAUUGUCAGCUUUACAAGUGCAAACUGUAGUCACCAGGUGCAACAGGAGAUGGCCACAACAUUUGCCCGUCUGUGCCAGCAAGUUGACAUCACUGAGAGAAAGCUAGAAGAAGAGAUUGCGAGAUUGUCCAAAGAAAUUACUCAAUUAGAAAAAAUCCAGAACAACUCAAAGCAUCUACGGAAAAAAGCAGUUCACCUUGAAAAUGAAUUUGACUGUUUUACCAAGGAUUUUCUCCAAAAGAAGAAAUGAAACCUUCACACUUUUCUGAUGCCGUAGGUGCAAUUUAGAAGACGAUAAUGUCAUACCAUCCUCUCGUCACAUGAAUUUUUCAAGCCCCCUUUCUCCUCACCAAGUAUUGCCUCUCUCUCGACAUUUAGGUUAUGAACUGUGCCUGACAACGAGGGGAGCUAAGCAGUAUUUGCUGCUGGGUGAAUCAAUUUUGCAACUUUUCGUAACAGAAAUAACUUAUAUUUAUUGGCACACAUGAAAUUUGGCGAUGUGGAGAAAUAAUAAAUGAGCAAACCUAUAGUAUUUUGUAUGUGUAUUUCAAAGGGUCAACCCUCUCUUUCUGGCAUCCAGGGAGAGAAAUUAAUGAAAUUAGUGCCCCAUCCCCAUGAUUCCUGUGUCAAAAUCUUCUGUUCACUGGAAUUGUUUGUGGGAAUGUGAUCUACUGGCUUUUUUCAGGACUCUUAAAGAGAGCUGAAGUAUAAUGACAGAUUUUUACAUGGGAUGUAUCAGGUACAAAGGCAAAGAGACUAUCAGUUGAGCUUGGCAAGAGACAAAUCCAUCUUUCUCAUCUGACUGAAAGGAAUGAGACUUUCAGCUUUUGCACUGCAUUUUAAAAGCUUUAACAUGCACUCAAGUAGUCCCUUAGUUAAAAUUAGCUAGCAAAUUGUUUUAGCAUGAUAAAUUUAGAUACUAUGUGGGUGCAUAAAUUCUUUUUCCAGUGAGUAAUUCUUUCCUUGAAAUCCAAAGCCAUGUCACAUUGUCAAGUAGCAAUACGGGUGCUAGAUGUGUGUGCGCCACCACAAAAGUUUGUGCAGUAGUGUUCAGUCACAUACAUCCCCACCUACUUAAGUAGGUAUGAGGUACUGUUUUGAGGUCCCUUCACCUCCAAAUUUCAGGUGCAUCAUCCAGCUGAAGUUCUUGUAGGUUACAUAACUAAAAUGGAAGAUUCUGAAUUCCAUCUGAAUUUUAGAUAUUCUUCAGUCCCAGGGAUGUAGAUCUGCCAGCUGUUUCAUGUAUGAAAAAUUGGGGGGGGGGUGUCUUAUGCUGCAUUUUUGCUGCCGUUUCUAAUUGCAGUUAACUAUAUAUAUUGCAGUAUAGUCAAUAUAAGGAAUGAGCUGUGAUAUGGGGAAAAUGCAUAGACAGAGCAUGCUUGUUGACUCUGAAAAUGAUUUAUCUGUGUCUGCCCAAAUAAGGGAUUCUCUGGGAUUUGGUGAGAUUUUGUUUUGUUUUGGGGGGGUCUUCCCAUUGGAAUCUUUGCUCAAGGAUUUCUGCUACAUGCUAUCACAAUUUUAAAUUGCUCAUGUCUCUAUAACUUGGAAGUAGAGUAAGAACAGGGAGUGUGUGGCCUUCUAGAUGCUUUUUGAUUGUGUCUUCCAUCAUCCCUCACUUAAAAUGUGGAGUUCCCCAUCUUCUCCGCUCCUGAAGCAGUGUUAACUUACGUAUUCCUUUCUAGGAAGUGUUUGAGGAAAAUGUGAACUUGCAUGUUUUUAUAACCAAGAUAUGGAGUAACUUUAGUUGUGAAAGAAAUCCUCUUGCUUGUAAUGGUGUUUGAUAAUGAGAAAUCAGACUUUUUAAAAGGGCUAAUAAAUAAAAAUUGCUGGGUUCCUAA